AUAGGGGCGUGGUUAAUGACGCAGCGUUUCAUUGACACCCUUUUGCGCUUCAGUAGUGGAUCUGUGGAGCAGCAGACUGUAGUGCAGGGCGAUCAGAGAGGGAGAGAGAGCAGUCUCAGCAUGUACUGUCACGUAACCCGUCCUGACUCAGUCGUUCUGGAGGUGGAGGUUGAUCCCAAAGCAAAUGGAGAGGAUUGUCUCAAUAAGGUGUGCGAGAGACUGGGGAUCAUUGAAGUGGACUAUUUUGGACUACAGUACACUGGAAGUAAGGGAGAGAGCCUUUGGUUAAAUCUAAGAAACCGAAUCUCUCAGCAAGUGGACAACGUGUCCCUGUGCAGAUUGAAGCUGCGGGUGAAGUUCUUUGUAGAGCCACACCUCAUCCUGCAAGACCAAACAAGGCAUUUGUUCCUGAUGCAUGUAAAGGAGGACGUGAUGAGAGGAAGCCUGAGCUUGGACUCGGAGCAGGUGCUGGAACUCUGUGCCCUUUUGGCCCAGGCAGAAUUUGGUGAUUACAAUCAGAACACAGCCAAGUAUUUCUAUACACAGAUCCGUGGACAGGAACCAGACACAAUCACCAUGAACAGCAUCAUCAUGAGACACAAAGAGCUCCAUGACAUGAGUCAGGCCUCAGCAGAGUACCAGGCCCUGCAGCUCGUGUCAUCUCUGGAGAAUUACGGCGUUGAGUGGCACUGGGCACGGGAUUCUGAGGGGCAUAAAGUGGGCAUUGGGGUUGGACCUGAGGGCCUGUUCAUCUGCAAACAGGAUUUUACACCUGUUAACAGGUUUAUAUAUCCUGCCAUUCAGAUGGCCACACAGUCUGGGAAGCACGUGUAUGUGACCAUCACCAAGGACGGUGGAGAAAACCUCAUACUGCUGUUUAAAUUCAUCAGCACUUCUGCUGCUAGUGGACUUUACCGAGCCAUUACCGAGAUCCAUGCCUUCUACAGGUGUGACACAGUCACCAGCACUGUGAUGAUGCAGCACAGUCGGGACUUUAAGGCUCACCUGGCCUCCCUCUUCCUCCAUGACAGUGUUGAUGUGGGGAAGAAGUAUAUCUUCGACGUCCAGCGCACAUCCAAAGAGGUGUAUGACCGAGCUCGCCGCACCCUGUUCAAGUCCUCCGCUCUGUCUCCACUGAGGAGGAUGUCCACAGAGGAAGAGGACGAGGUCUCGUGUGAGGGCUGCAGGGACACUCGUGCGUUACGGGACGAACUCCGGAGACUACAGGAGGCUUUGACUUGUGCUCUGUGCUGUGACGGAGAGAUCAAUACCGCCUUCUGCCCUUGUGGUCACAUGGUCUGCUGUCAACUCUGCGCUGCUCAGCUUCAGUGCUGCCCAGUGUGUCGCUCGGCCAUUGACUGUCUUCAGCACGUCUACUUGCCCACUUCUGCCAGUCUCCUGAACCAUGUGGGUGUGUGAGCAGUGGACACAGAGAUGUGCCAGGAAGUUAGAGAAGCAAUGACGAGACCAAUACACCAGAAGAGACCACUUCACCAGUACCAGAGACCAGUACACACAUCUGAGUCGGUGCAGCCUGUAACACAUGGUACAGGAACCUGCUGCUCAUAUCUGUGACAAAAGAAACACCAGCACACUUCUUCAUUUCACACAUCGUGCAAUAUCGUUGUUUUUUGUCCUCAAAGUGAAAACAUUUUUGUAUUUAUUUGUUUUUCUUUUUGAAAUCUUAAUUGAUGAAAUAUGAUCAUGAAAGAGAAUGUAUGUAACAAAAACACUCCCCAGCUAACAUUCCUUAUGCAUUUAGAAUUUUUUUAUAUGAAAUCGCGUAUAGAAAAAACUUAAGUAUUUUUAAUACCUUACAAAUUGUUUACAGACAAAUUAUCAUGUUUAGGAAAGUCUUCAUGUAAAGGAUCUUCGGCCUAAUACUGUACAGUAUAUUGAUGCAUGAGGAUGUUUAAACAUCUGGCAUUCAGUGAGGCAUGUGUAUAUCCGCUUUUCUUUUCGCUUUCUAUCACAUUUGUCAUGUUACACUUAUUGUUUCCUGCAUUUACUGUGAGUAGUAUUUUUUGGAGUCUGCCAUUGAAUAUUUCGUCCUGCAUAGGAAUCAUUCGUUUAUUUUCAUUUUCUACUGGACGCGGCAUUCAGGUUUGGUUAAUGCUGUAGAAGUGUGGGGCAAACUGUUUUCCCUACAGAAUAUCCACCCCUUUCGUUUAUUCUUUUCUUUAGUCAUCACUGCCACAUUAUGCCAAAGCUACACUAUUACACUAUAUUGCCAAAAGUAUUCACUCACCCAUUCAAAUCAUUGACCCCAGGUGUUCCAAUCACUUCCAUUGGAUAAAAUCAAGUACCUAGGCAUGCAGAGGGCUUCUACAAGCAUCUAUGAAAGAACGGGUCCCUUUCAGGAGCUCAGUGAAUUCCAGCCUGGUACCGAGAUGCCACCUGUGAAAGCGGGUUUUCAUGGCCGAGCAGCCGCAUCCAAGCCUUAGAUCACCAAGUGCGAUGCAAAGCACCGGAUGCAGUGGUGUAAAGCGCGCCGGCACUGCACUCUAGAGCAAUAAAGACGUGUUCUCUGGAGUGAUGAAUUACGCUUCCCUGUCUGGCAAUCCCAUGGACGAGUCUGGGUUUGGCGGUUGCCAGGGAAACGGUACUUAUCUGACUGCAUUGUGCCAAGAGUAAAGUUUACCUAGACAAUACUGAGCAUAAUGUUUUUUAUUGUUAUACUAUGGCUUAUCGGUUUAUAUACCCAUAAUAAAAAGCAUUUUUUACACAUUUC